UUUGUAUCCUUUCUUGAGCUUUAUUGGCUUUUCCUCUCCUUCCUUCAGGAACAUAGAUAUUAAAGACCCAGCUCGAAGUACACUUAGGAAGGGAACGGUCCUCGAAACUCAGUGGGGCGCUAUCUUUCUCUAUGACUUAAACAGUGAAAGAUACAGCCAGCAGCACGCAAGUCUAACGUACAGUUGGCCAGUUUGUGGCUCAGAUGAUUGAUUGAUUGAUUAUGUACCAUCAAGCCAAGCAAACUUGUCUGAAAUGGUAUAGGGUCUCCUGCUUGAGCAGGGGGUUGAACUAGAAGACCUCCAAGAUACCUUCCAGCUCUAUUCUGAUUGAAACAUCAAACACAUAGACAAGAUUUUCUCCAUGAGGAUGUGUGAAUAAUUUGAGCUAUGAUACAUCUAUACUAGGAGUGUCAAACUCAAUUUCAUUGAGGGUUGCAUCAGCAUUGCAGUUGCCCUUGGGGAGCAGGGUGGGUGUGGCCUACUGGGUGGGCGUGGAUGGAGUGGGUGUGGUCUACUGGGUGGGCAUGGCCAGCUCUAUGUUGUUCGCAUCAAGGGUUCCUGUCGGGGCCUGAGCAGGAAUGGGAUAGAUCUGAGGGUCUCUGGCAGAAGGGGGUGGGACUGGGGCAAGCACCACGGCAUGGUGCAUUUCUUCAUUCCUCACAAAGAGUGACACAUCCCCAGCAUGUGUAGAGGUGAGAGACAGGCAAAGGUCAUGUGCAGAACACUGCCCUUCCAAAGCCUGUGUACCCCUCCUCUCUGCAUCUAUCUCAUUCUUUCACAUCACCAUGGCGAUGUGAAAGUGCGCAGAUCUGUGUGACCUUGCCUGUUUGAUAACAGCGAGCUUGCAAACAACAAGAUGUGAUUGCCAACUAUUCCCUGUUUCUGGCCUCUGGCUGCUAUAUUCUUGAGGAUUGGUUGGGAGUUUAACCAAUGAAAUGUUAUUGCCAUGUAGAAACUUUUGCUUCUUGUAAACUGUAGAAAAACAAUAAAAGCUGUGUAGAGAGCAGCCAUCUUUUUGCACCCUGCAAUGACUAAGGACUGAUUACUACAGCUGGCACCCAAUCAACAGGGACAUUUGGUUUUGGGACCCCUACAGGAAGAAGCAGCUACCAACAUACUUAUCAUCGUCUGGAACAGACCCCUAAGUGCACUUUUGUCUUCAGAGACCCCUGUGAUCUAAAACCCUUCAUAUGGACUUUAACAAGCCCCCAGCCUUCCAGUUGUUCUCCACAUUACCUUCAUACUCUUCCCGUUACUGAUUUAACUCUGACUCAUCAGUGCUACAAUUCAGGCUAUGAAGAUUAAUCAAAACACUGUACUGCAGGGGAAGAAGGUAGCCCUAGUACCAUACAUGUCUGCUCAUGUACCCAGAUACCAUGAGUGGAUGAAGUCUGAAGAACUACAGCAUCUGACUGCAUCUGAGCCACUAAGCCUUGAGCAGGAGUAUGAGAUGCAGUGCAGCUGGCAGGAAGAUGCAGACAAAUGCACAUUUAUAAUACUUGAUGCUGAAAAGUGGUCUAGUCAGAAAGCCACAGAAGAAGACUGUAUGGUGGGAGAUGUGAAUUUGUUCCUUACCAAUUCCGAAGAUCCAACAGUGGGAGAGAUAGAAAUCAUGAUUGCAGAGCCCAGCUACCGUGGCAGGGGGUUUGGCAAGGAGGCCACUCUCAUCAUGAUGUUUUAUGGUAUUAUGCAUCUUGGACUCGCUACUUUUGAAGCAAAAAUUAAAUUAGAAAAUGAAACCAGCAUUGGCAUGUUCAAAAAAAUUCAUUUUAAAGAGGUGGGAGUAAAUAGUACCUUCCAAGAAGUAACACUGAAACUGAUUGUGGAUGAACAGGAGAAACAGUGGCUUCUUGAGCAAACUAAUGGAGUGAUUGAAACAAAAUACAAUGCCAUGAAACUACAUCACAGUUGUGACAGCUGAGAAGCUAUGCUCAAUUUGUCUCAAAUUUAGAGAGAUGGCUUUUUAUUGUCCAAAUUUGGAAUCGUGUCCUGAAUCCAUGGCACUAGUUCUUGCGGAAGAAGAAAAUGAAGUGUGACCUCUGUCUUGUUAUUGCCUUAGGGACUUUUUUCUAAGGUUAUAAACAUCUAGGAUAAUUACAGCAAACUGCCUCAUCUUAGUGAGAAAAAAGAAUUUUCAGCUAAAAUCUCAUUCAGCUUGAACUGUGUUUGAGCAACAGCUGCUGACAAAAUGAUGUCAUGGACUUGUUUACUGUUUAAUUCAAUGAAAAUAGCAACUGAGCUGCAUUUUGAGGCAAAGAACUCAAGAAUACUGUUACAAAUAGGUUGAGAGUGCUCUCACUAUAAUGGCUGCAUUUUACCAAAAACCCUAACUUACCUUCUCUGAUGUUUUCCAAUUUCGCAGUCUAGAACACAGUGUUGGGAUUUCCAACCCAGUAUUAACCCAGUCCAACACUUUAGGGUACUUAAAAAAAAAAAUUAGCCAGAUAGAACACCUAAUGCUAAUGAAGAGAGCUGACUCUGCCUGCCUGUAUAUAAAUGUUUUAUGGGUAUUAUACAUUACUGAUGGUACCAUAUCUGUACAUCUCCUUUAGGGAAUCAACCAUCCAUUAAUUCUAUUUGUGUUACAUUUCAGUCUCUCUUCAGAGUGAUUUCUCACUAUCAGUGGAACCUGUUCUUCUAUAAUUUCAAUAACAUACUUUGUCCAUUUUUGAAUAAGCUCAUUUUCUGAAGAAGCUUGUUAAAAAAAGCAAAGAUAAUUGAAGGUUGUGCUCUGUUUUCUUUUAUCUUCUAGUUCCUCCUAUUGUCCAACUUUCAAGGUCUCCUUAUCAUAAAAAUACAUAGGGAUCGUCAUUUUCCCAUGAUAAUUUUUUUUAAUUAAUUCAAGGCUAUAAUUCCAAAUCCCUCUGGCCAUUUAUUGCUAACUUUUUCUAAACUAUAUACUAAGCACCAUUUUGCAAAUAAUUUUAAAAUAACAUAUUUCCAAUAUUUUAAAAAUCAAACAUGCUAUCAUCUAUGAAGGAGGAGGGAACUCACUGAGGAAUAUAGUAAAACCUUUCCAAACUGGAGACUUCAUAAUGGUUGUAAACUCCAUUUUGCAUAACAGAUGGAUUAGCAUUGAUAAUUUGGGAUGGGAGGGACACUGCAUUUGGCAACACUAUUGCCUAAAGCUGAGCCUUCAACCUUUUUAAUAUUUGUGCUUCUAAUUGUUUUGUCUUUUUACUUUUUUAAAUCAAUGAUAAACUACAUUGGAUGCCACGAACAAGCACAAUGACAGGUAUGAUCCUUUUAAAAAGCACAGAUAAUCCAGUAGGCCUGGGUAUAUCCUAUGGUUUUCAGUCCCAAUUCCAAAUACCUCAAUAUAAAUUGCUAAGCUGUUGCCUGGAAAUAUAAACUACAAAAUAAUAAAUAAAUUAAAAAAUAGCA